AUGUCGAAAUUGUUCAUCGGCGGCCUGGCCUGGCACACCGACGACCAGACUCUGCGGACCAAGUUCGAGGAGUAUGGCCAAGUCGACGAGGCGAUCGUCGUCAAGGACCGUGACACUGGUCGUAGCCGUGGAUUCGGCUUCGUGCGCUUCACGGACGACGCCGGCGCUGACGCUGCAAUUGAAGCGAUGAACAACGUUGAGUUCGACGGCCGUACCAUUCGCGUCGACAAGGCUAGCGACCGCGGCGGUGGCGGAGGCGGUGGUUUCUCUGGAGGCCGUGGCGGCGGUUACUCCGGUGGUGGAGGAGGUUACGGCGGCGGCGGUCGUGGCGGCGGAGGCUACGGUGGUGGCCAGGGUGGUGGUUACUCCGGCGGUGGCGGCUACGGUGGCGGCGGGGGUGGCUACGGUGGCAACUCCGGUGGCUCCUCGUGGCGCGGCGGUGGUGGUGGCGCACCUCAAGGCAACUACGGUGGUGGUGGAGGUGGCUACGGCCAAGACCAGGGCAGCUACCAGCAGAACGGUGGUGGCGGUUAUGGCGGUCAGCCUCCGCAGCAGCAGGGUGGCUACUAG